AUGGAGUACAAAUCACUUCUGGCCAUUUUGUCUAUUUUUUAUAAACUUGCAAGUUCUGCAGCUGUUGAACCUGAAAUCCAAGGCGGAUCGCCUUGCUGCAAGUCUAAGAUGGAAGCUCCUAUGUGCCACGAUAUGGGAUGCUCUGGCGUAUUCGUCAAUUCAUACAAGCUCAGAAUCAUCUUUGACUGGUGGCUGUGCGAAAAGGGGUGGCAAUACGCUCUCACACUAGUUGGCCUAUUUGGAUUCGCAGCCAUGAGUCCCUGCCUUAAGGCAUACAGAGAAAUCAUCAGAAACAAAGUCAUCAAAACGUACAUUUGCGACUGCCUCUUAACUCACUUUUUGCUGUUUGUGUUCGCCCUUGCUGUGUACAUCUUGGACUUUCUAUUGAUGUUGAUCGUCAUGAGCUUCAACGUAGGGGUAUUCUUCGCCAUAACCACCGGUUACGCUCUGGGAUACCUCGUCUCCGCAAUGGCCUACGCUAAUUACAAGUCCUCAAGCAGGUCGCAAAGCUUCUCCCAAAUCAACGAGGACUGCUGUUAA